CGCUCCACUGCCCACGCCCGGGAGAUGGAUGCGCUCAAGGUCAGGAGACUGAAGCUCUGAAAAGUCACGAUUGUGUCUUGAUUUACGAGUCUGAGACAGAGGGAAAUGAAAAUCAUACUUCAAAUAGUAGCUUAAUUACGCUCACCACCAAAAUGUUAAAAGUGAAGAGGUUGGAAGAAAUCAGCUCGUGUUACAGCAGCAAUCAGCUGGAGAAAAUGACAUUCUUUCAGUGCAUGGAAGAGGUUGAGAAAGUAAAAUGUUUUCUAGAAGGAAAUUCUGAUGAACAAGAUUCAAGAUCUGAAGAGAAUGAGACUGAGGAGAAGGUGUGGCCAAACCCUGUCCUGAAGGAAAGGACACGUAUUGAAGAUGAAAGGACAUCAUCCCUCACAGAAAGAUCUACAGAGAAGAACCAAUUCUCCUCUGAAAAUGAAAAGGUUGAUAGACUCAACAAGAAAAAUGCCGAGAAGACCAAUGCCUCCGUAGCUCAGAGUAUUAUCAUGUGUAAUAUGGAAAAACAAGAUAAUGCGGAAGAUCUUGCGCCAAGAAAUUCCAUAGAGUCAGAUGGAAAAGGCUAUUCAUGUGUAGAGAGUUUGAAGAGACAAGAAAACAGUAGUACUGGAGAUGAUAAGCAAGGCGUUGUGGGUAAAAACGAAUGUCUACUGUUCGAAAGAGAGAAAAAUGAACCUUUUUCCAAGGAAGAAACUAGUGGAAGAGAAGCUGAGAACGGUGAAGGAACCACAAUUACAAAUGAAAUGGUGCUGGACCAAUGUUCAAAUAAAAGGCAGCAUGUUGAUAAAACCAAUGGUGAUGAGUGCCAUGAAAGGUGUGUCAUCAGCCUAAAAGACAUUUUGACAGAAGGAAUCCUGGAAAAUUCUGGAUCCACUUUCCAAAAUGUGGAACAAACAGAGUUUGCUGGCAGCAGUAAGCGGAGAGUGAUGGAGGAGUACUUUGUCAAUGAGGACAACAAAAAGAGCAAAAUAGAUGUUGUGUGUGCAAGCGAAGAACAAACAUUUGAAAGGACAGAGGACACCAGACAAGACCAAAGGAGCUGUCAGGGUCCACCCCAGGAGUUAGCUGGAAGGAAGACCUCCAGAGAACAAGAUCUGAUGGCCCCACUGGAUGAUAUCCCAGCUCCUGCUGCUCCAUUUGACCAUCGUAUUGUAACAGCCAAAUACGCUGCAGUAGACAGUUCAUAUAUUGUCAGCAAGACAGACAUUCUGGGAGGGGGUCGUUUUGGCCAGGUCCACAAGUGUGAAGAGAAAGCAACAGGCCUGAAGCUGGCUGCCAAAAUCAUUAAGACCAGAUGCCGAAAGGACAAGGAGGAAGUGAAGAAUGAGAUCAGCAUCAUGAACCAACUGGACCAUGUGAAUCUCAUUCAGCUCUAUGAUGCCUUUGAGUCCAAGAAUGACAUCAUCCUGGUCAUGGAGUAUGUGGAAGGUGGAGAGCUGUUUGACCGCAUCAUUGAUGAAAACUACAACUUGACAGAACUCGAUACCAUCCUGUUCAUCAAACAGAUUUGUGAGGGGAUUAGGCAUAUGCAUCAGAUGUACAUCCUCCACUUGGACUUAAAGCCUGAGAAUAUCCUGUGUGUGAAUCGAGAUGCUAAACAAAUAAAAAUUAUUGAUUUUGGAUUGGCCAGAAGGUACAAACCCAGGGAGAAGCUGAAGGUGAACUUUGGAACUCCAGAAUUUCUCUCCCCUGAAGUUGUGAACUAUGAUUUUGUUUCUUUCUCUACUGACAUGUGGAGCGUGGGGGUGAUUACCUACAUGCUACUCAGCGGUUUGUCCCCUUUCCUGGGUGAUAAUGAUGCAGAGACACUAAGCAACGUCCUGGCAUGCAGGUGGGAUUUAGAAGAAGAAGAAUUUCAGGACAUCUCGGAUGAGGCCAGGGAGUUCAUCUCCAAGCUCCUGAUCAAGGAGAAGAGUUGGAGAAUAAGUGCCAGCGAAGCUCUGAAGCACCCCUGGUUGUCAGACCACAAGCUGCACUCCAGACUCAGUGCACAGAAGAACUGCAACUCUGAUGCUCAGAACCUCAUGACCAAAUAGUCCAUUGAAGGUGCUGGUUUAUUUGAAAGGAAAAGUGCUGCGGUUGCUGCUGCUUUGAGAAGACUUUUGAGCACUCAGCAGUUCUGAUGCCUUGACCCCUUUGCUGACUGGCAGGGGGAGUAGGGAGAGCCCUUGAACUUGAACUUGGAGCGACUUUGCUGCACUCAGUGGGUUACCCAGUUCCUGCUCCCUGGGGGCUCAGACAGAUCCCCACAUCCCACAUAAUGCAUCCCAUCAGGAAGAUGUUUCCCUGCCUUCUUGAGUUGUUUUUUUUUUAGCUUAAUGUAUUUUUUAUUAUUGGAGGCUAGUUGCUGAGGUAGGGGUACAUUAUGUCUGCUAUGUUUUGAAAUACUAGAGCAAUCAUACUGUAGAUUUAUUUGAGAUUUUUAAAUCUGGA